CGGGUUUGGUUAGGUUCCUAUAUGCGGAUACAAUGCGCUAGAUGGCUCCAACCCUCUUCCCUGCAAAUUUCCCUGGAAAUAUUUCUAGGGUUUAAUUUAAAUUCUUCCGCGACAUUUCUCAUCUAUUUCUCCCGCAUAAAUCAUUUCCAUUUUGUCACCUUGCAACUCUCAAUUUGAUAAAUCGUUCAAACUCUUAUCUAUCUGUAGACGCAUCUUCUCGUGAUUUCCCUUCACGUCGUUUCUAUCAUCUUGUGCUUAAACUUACAAGGUUUCAUUAGGUAUCACGCAUUGUUCCUCUCUGCAACCUCAGUUCCCUUUACCAGCAUUCUACCGAAUUUGGCGUCAUCCUGUAGUUUGAAUGUGUUAUUGCUUCUGGCAAUUUGCAGUCUUUGAAUAUUUGGGACUUCUUAGGGUUUAUAAGCUCACAGCUUUGUAAGUUUCUGGGUUCUUAUUCUUUCAGCUUUCCCAAUUGGAUUUGCAAAGGGCACUGUUUGGUUUCUAAAAGCCACGAACGGAAGGUUAUUUGCUUUAGGGCUUUGUUAUUGAUAUUGUUGCUGGUGGUUGGAGGGUAGUUUACUGGGGGGCACUGUUAAGUUGGAAUGAAUAGUAUUUUCAGUGAACAGAUACUUGCAGACAAGCUUGCUAAGCUGAACAGCACCCAACAAUGUAUUGAAACUUUGUCACACUGGUGCAUAUUUCAUCAAAGCAAAGCAGAACAAGUUGUUGCAACAUGGGAGAAACAAUUCCACAGUUCACAGAUGACUCAGAAAGUUCCUUUACUUUAUCUUGCAAAUGAUAUUCUACAGAACAGUAAACGUAAAGGAAAUGAAUUUGUCUCAGAGUUUUGGAAGGUUCUUCCUGCUGCACUUAAAGAAGUUGUUGAGAAAGGUGAUGAUCGGGGCAAGAAUGUGGUCUCCCGAUUGGUAAACAUAUGGGAAGAAAGAAGAGUAUUUGGAUCCCGUGCCCGGAGCCUCAAAGAUGUAAUGCUUGGUGAAGAUUUACCUCCACCAUUGGAGUUUAGCAAAAAACGUUCACGCUCUGUCAAAAUUAUGAAACGGGAUUCCCGAUCCAUUAGAACGAAAUUAACAAUUGGAGGUGCUGCGGAAAAAAUUGUAUCAGCAUACCACUUGGUGGUCAGUGAAUUUCCUACGGAAGAGGCAGAGAUGAGUAAUUGUAAGUCUAUAGUCAACCGUGUGAGGAAGAUGGAGAAAGAUGUUGAUAUUGCUUGUAAUAAUGGAAAAGAUCCAAAAAGAAAAAGUUUAGCGAAAGACUUAGAGGAGGAAGAAAAUCUUUUGAAGCAAUGCGUUGAGAAACUAAAAUCAGUUGAAGCAAGUAGAGUAGCACUUGUGUCUCAGUUAAAAGAAGCUCUACAUGAACAGGAGUCUGAUCUGGAGAACAUUCGAACUCAGAUGCAGGUUGCCCAGGCACAGGCGGAGGAAGCCAGCAACAUGCAAAAGCGGCUCAAUGAUGAAUAUUAUGUACCCAGUGCAACUCAACCAGUUGAUAUAAAUGCAAAAGCAGGGCAAACACCUAAGAGGACAGCUGCAGCCAUUGCUGCUGAAGUAGCAGAUAAGCUUGCAGCUUCCAGUUCCUCUCAAAUGAUUAUGCACUCUGUUCUUUCUACAUUUGCAGCAGAAGAAGCAAAGAAUGCAGGAAUAACGAAGGCCUCAACACCGUCAAAUUCGAUAACUACGACGCCCACAAACUCAGUCGUUGAUUCCUUGGCAAAGCCUGACAAGUCCCUGUCCUUGCCCAUUUCAGAUCCCAGUGUUUUUAUGCCAACAGUGUCACUUUCUGCUCCGUCUAACCAUUAUCAGUCGGUUAUGCUUUCCCCACCUACCAUGCAGAACCAGGCCCAUAGCUCUCAACCUCAGUUUCAUAUACUUCCAAACUCAUCCCAACAAUAUUUGCAGCCAUCAGGGGGUAUUAUGACUGGGUACGGCUACGGAAGCAUUUCUCCCUUGCCUCCAGGGCCACCUCCACCCCCACCAUACAUGGUGAGUCCGAUGGUGCCUUUGACUCAACAACCAUCACAAAUAACUCAGCAGCAACCAAUGCCAAUGGCACUGCAGCAGGCCCCAAUAACUCAGCAACAACCAAUGCCUCCAACCCAACAACCGCCAGGUCCUAGUUUUCGCCCCCUUCAGCCACCUGUGAUGAUGUAUUAUAAUCACCCUCCCCAUUCUUAAUAUAGUAAAAGGACAUUACUCUUAGGCGGGUAGAUAGUAUAAUCAGUAAGCACUACUACCAUGUUUGUGGGCAGGUUCAGUUUCUCGAGUAUUUUAAAAUUUUGUUUGUUAUCAGCCUUUCUGAGGUUACAUGUAGAAAUCUGAAAAUAAUUUUUAAGGUAAAAUUUCUCAAAACAUCAAAUAGCAACUGGGAAAGGGGACAUUGGAGGUGGGAAUUAGCUUGAGCAUCAGGUUGACAGGACAAAGGUUAGACCUUUUUUUUUU